AUGCUAAAUACUCCAAGCUGGAGAUCUGAAUGGGAUAAAGAACUUCGUCUUAUUCCCCAUGUUGAAUCAGUAACAAAUUUAGAUUUGCAAUUAACAGAAAAUAUAUUUAUUAUAUGGCAGUUUUUAAAACUUUAUCAAUCAUCUAGCCCACAUAUAAGGAGUAUUUUAGAUUUCAUUUCUGGAAAAAAACCUGAAUCACUACAAUGGGGAGCACACAUUGAUGAUGUUAUGUCUAGAGGAAUAAAUAAAGGGCAGCAAUUAUUUAAUGUAUUGGUUUCUCACGGCAAAAAGGUUCAAUUGAGAUAUUCAAAAAAAAAGUUAUGUGAUACUCUACAAUAUUAUCAUAUUAAAAAUUAUAUAAUUUUAGAAAAAAUAAAUACGGGAUCUGUAGGUCAAGUUCACUUGGCAUUGGAUAAAACGACAGGUAUGUUCGUUGCUGCAAAAGCUAUUGAUAAAUCUACAACACAAGGAGAUUUAGGUUUAUUUCAGAAAUUAAAAGAAGAAAUCAAAAUAUCAUGUAAAAUGAAUCAUCCUUGUGUUGUUAAAACAAUAAAUAUUUUAGAAACAAAAGAUAAAAUUAUUCAAAUAAUGGAAUAUUGCGAUGGUGGAGAUUUGAUAUCAUACGUUAGAAAUAAAUUGCAUUUAGAUGAAUCUAGUGCACAAUACUUUUUUCGAAAAAUUGUUGAAGGGUUAAAAUAUAUACAUCAAAAUAAUAUAGCUCAUAGAGAUUUAAAGCCUGAAAAUAUAUUUUUAUGUAAAAAACAAUUAACUCAAAAAGAAAAAACUUUAAUUAGAAUAGGAAAGUUACCAUCUUGUUCAGAAUAUGAAUUAAAAAUUGGAGAUUUUGGUGCUUGUUGUUUUAAUGAAAAAAAUAAAUUACAUUAUGAUAUUGUGGGUACCUUAAGUUAUGCAGCACCCGAAGUAUUAGGAUGUAAUAAUAUCAAUGGAUAUGAUGGAAAAAAAGCAGAUAUUUGGAGUUUAGGUAUAAUUUUAUAUGCUAUGUUUUUUGGUGUACUUCCUUUUGAUAACGAAGAUAAAGAAGUUAAAGAAGCAUAUAAUGAAAUUAUAAAAAAUAAAAUAAUUUUUCCCAAAAAUAGAGUUAAUAAAUUUUCCAUGAAUGCUAAGAAUUUACUAUCAGGAAUGCUUAAUAUUAAUCCUGUGAAUCGUUUAUCACUUGAUGAAGUUGUUAAUCAUGAAUGGCUUACUGAUACUGCUAAGAAUAAACUAGAAAUAUCUUAUUUAAAUAAAAAAAUAAACUUUCCUAUUUCAUCAACUGUAGCUUAUCCCAUAUAUACUCAUAAGAAUUUAAUAGAUUAUAAUGUUUAUAAAAAAUUAGCUUUAAUUAAUAACAAUAAUAAUAUUAAUAAUAAUACUAACGUUAAUAAUAAUAAAAUUAAUAAUAAUAAUAAUAAUUAUUACAGUAAUAAUAAUCAGAAUAUUCGUAAUAAGAAUAAUAACAAUAAUAAUAACGAUAAUGAUGAUAAGGAAGGCUAUCUUUAUGAAUAUCCAUCUAUUUUAAGUAAAAAUAAUAAUGAUUUAUAUAUUUAUGAUAAAAAGGGAUUAUUAAAUAAUCAAUUAAAAUAUUACAAUGUCGAUAAAGUAAAAAAAGAAGAUAAAAACUAUAAAGAUAUUAUAUUUACUUAUAAAAAUAAUAUUAUUGAAAUAGAUAAUAAAACGCAAAAAAGAAUUUUUGACAACAAUUCUUUAAAUAGUAAAGUAGAACCUAAAAUUAUUGUAGAGAAAAAUAAUGUUUACGAAGAAAGUAAAUAUUUAGAAAAAUUAGUAAUAGAUAAUAAAUAUAAAUUUUUUGAACAAUAUAACAACAGUUCUAAAUUACCAAGUGAUGAAAAUUAUGCUUAUGAUAUGUACUUAAAUAAAAAUAACUUUUAUAUCGACAAAAGUAAUAACUUGAUUAAAAAUAAUGAUAAAAUUUUAAUAAAUAAUAAUUCUCAUGAAAACGUUUAUUUCUUAAGAAAUUACGAUGCCAAUUUACCUAACGAUUUUAAAGAUAUAAUUUUAAAAAAUUAUGAUAACUAUCAUCUAAUUAAUACAUGUAAAGAUAAUGAGGCAUAUAAAAUAAAGUAUUUGCCCAAUACAAAUUAUAAUAAUAAUAACAAUACUACCAAUAAUAGUAUAUCUACGGAAUAUAUUAUUUCCUUAAAUAGUAAUAAUAAUACAAAUAAUAAUAAAGAUAACAAUAAUAAUAAUAGUAAUAAUAAUAAUAAUAAUAAUAAUAAUAAUAAUAAUAAUAAUAAUAAUAAUAAUAAUAAUAAUAAUAAUAAUAAUAAUAAUAUUGCAAAAAAUUGUAUUUCUUCUAAUAUUAAAACAGAUUAUAAUAAAAUUCACUAUAAAUAUUAUUAUUAUGAUAAAAAUAAUAUGUACAUUGAAUAUUUAUAUAAUGGAAAUAAUCUUUCUAAUAAUAUAAUAUCUGGUAUAUUACCAGACAAACAAGUAACUUCAUCUGAUAAUAAUGGUUCAAGAUAUCUCAAAGAUGACACUUAUAGAAGAGGAUUUUCUGAGUAUAUGAAUUCUAAUAAUUUUAAUUAUAAGAUAUGUUUACCAAUUAGAAAUGAGAAUUCACUUUUAAAAAAUUAUGAAAAACAAAUUAAAAUUAAUUUUUUUAAUAAUGGAUAUCAUAAGAACACUUUAAUAAACUCAAAUAUAUGCAUGAAUGAAAAAAAUAGAAAGAGAAAUGACAAAAUAAAUAAAAGAAAUAGUAUAAAAGUUGACGAUAGAAAUGAACAAAAUCAUUUAAACAGAAUUAUUUCAAUAGACAUAGAAAAUGUUAAUAGGAAAAUAAAUAAAGAAAUAAAAUGUACUGAUAAAAAUAACAAUAUAAAUGAAAAGGAAUACCUUAAUGAUAAUUCUAAUUCUAGCAACUCAGCUAAAUCUAAUUUUUGUAAAAAUUCUAAAUUAAACCCAUCUAUUGGUAAUAAUGGUAUACCAGUAAAAAUAUAUUCCAGUAAUUUAAAAAAAAAAGAUACAUAUAUUAUCAAAAAGGAUAUAAGCCAUGAAAGUUGUAAUAAAAUUUCUCAAAAUAGUUCAAAAUAUUCAACAAAAGUAAUUAAUGUUAAAGAAAUUAUUGGUAAUAAAAUAAACAUUUCUAAAAUAAAAAAGGACCAAGUCAAAGAUAAUGUAAAAAAACAAGAUAUAUUAAAUCUUGAAUUUUUUAAUGAAAAUAACAAUAAUAAUAAAGAAAAUAUUCAAGAUGAAAAAGUAAAAAUAAAAAAAGGUGAGCAUAAACAUAAAAUACAAAAACAGGAAACCAAUGCCAAUGAUACGUUAGAUAAGACAAAUCAUAUAUAUAAGAAUCAAACCUUGUCAGGUGAACAAUGCAAAAAAAUUCAGUUGAAUAAUAAUAGCAAAGUUAAAACUAGUAAUAAUAAUAAUUCAAGCAUUGAUAAAUUUAGUAAUGAUAUUUUAUAUUCUAUAAGAAAAAAGGAUUCAAUAAAAAAUAUACAAGAAAUCACUAGUACAAUAAAAUGGAAAGAUGAAAUUAAAAAUAUAUCAAAUGAUCGAGAUUCAUAUAAAAGUAAAAAUGAUUUUUUAAUAAAAAAUAAUAAUUUUUUAUGCAAUGGAAAAUUAAAUAGCGAAGAAAAUCAAAUUUUUAUUGAAAAAGAAGGGCAUCAUGAUAUGAGUCUUAUUCAUAAUGAAGAUAAUAAUAAUAAUAGUGGUAACGACGAAAAAAAGAAAAAAAAGAAAAAAAAUGAAAUAUUUGAAAAUAUUAAUGACACUGAUUCAAUAAAAUAUAAUUAUACAGAUAAUGAUAAAAGUGAUGAUGAUAAAGGUAUUAAUAAUAGUAAUGACAAUAAUAAUGAUAAAAGCAGAAAUAGAGAUAUAUAUAACAAAAAUUAUACUAGAGAAAAUAAGAGUUAUAAAGACAUAGAACAUUAUUAUAAUUAUAAAAAUGAAAAUCAUAAGCAUAAUAGUAACUAUAUUAGUGUUAUUGAAAAUGAUAAAUUUGAAGAUGUAAUAAAAGAAAAAAAUAACAAUUUAAAUAAGGAAUAUCAUCAGAAUGUAUCAGAUGAAAAUAGUAUAAGAGGGAAAAAAAACUCUAUAGAAAAUAGAUAUUUAAUUAAACAAGAAAGUUUUAAUAAAAAAAAUAUCAAUGAAAGAAAUGAUGAUAAAAAUUCUACAAUGGAUAAUCAAAAUGCACAAAAUAUAUUAUCUUUAAAAAAAAGUUAUGAUUUUAUAGAAGAAUGUGAAAGUAUAAAGUUAAAUGAUAUAAAUGAAUCAUUAAAAUUUGAAGAUAAUGGAAAUUUAAAAAAAAAAUCAAAGAAAUACGAAAUAGAUGAAAUUGAUCAAAAUGAAAGAGAAAAAAAUGAGUUUGAUGCAUUUCAUGUGAGAGAUAUGUUACAUGAAAAGAUAAAAAAUGAAAAUAAUUUAAAUAAUUAUGAAAAAGACAAUUUUUUAAAAAAUGAGACUUUUGAAAAAUUAAAAAUUGAUAUAUGCAGUUCUAAUAAAGAAAUAACUUAUUUCAAAAAAGAAAACUUAAAGAAAAUUAGUGAAAAAAACAAUAGUAUAGAAAAUAUUGAUAAUGAAAAUAAAUUUUUAAAGUUAAAAAAACUCUAUUAUUCAAAUAAAGAUGAGUUUAAUUUAUUACCAUCAAAUUUUCAUAAUAAUUAUAUGAAAAAAUAUUAUAUAAAUUUUGAUAAAGUAUUUUCUUAUAACAAAAAAAAAGAAUAUUCAAGUAAGUUAAAUUAUUUUAAAGAUGAUAAUUUAAGUUACAAAAAAAAAAUUAGACAGAGGAAAUAUGAAAAAAGUAUGCAUAUAAAAGAAAAAAAAGAAUGCCAUAAUUUAGGUUCCUGUAAUUUAAAAAAUGACAUAAUUAAUUUUAAUCAUUCCAUUGAUUGUUUUUAUGUAAAUGAAUAUAAUGAAAAUGACUUAUUAAGAAACCUGAAAUAUAAUUCAAAAGAACUCAUAAUUCAUGAUACAUCCGAUGAAAAUAUAUCAUUUAAUGAUUACGUGAAUAAUGAUGAACCUGUUUAUUUUUCUUCUAAUAAAAUUGAUUAUAAAAAAGUUUCAGCUCAAAAAAAUAAUUAUAAAAAUAUCAAUUAUUCUGACUGUGGUGAUUAUUACUGUGAUAUUUUUUAUGAUAAUUAUAAGGAUGGUUGUAAUAAGAAUGAUUUUAUUGAUAAUAAACCUAAUGAUAAUAAUAUUAUGAAAUACAAUAAUAAUUACAUUAGUAGUUAUAAUAUUUUUGAACAUUCUAAUUUAAGUAUCAUUAAUCAUCAUAGAAAUAAAAUAGGAGAUUUUGAUGAAAAAAGUAAUAUAAUUUUAUCUAGUGUUAAAUCGGAAUUUUUGUCUAUGAACUCGAACUCAGAUAAAAAUUAUUUUAAGUUGUCAAAAAAAAAGAAAAGUGGUAGUGUCAUUUUUAAUAAUUGUGAUGUACUGCAAAAAAAUAGAAACGUAAAUGAAAAAUUAAAAGUAAAAAAAAAGAAUUGGGAUAAUUCUGAACUUAAAAGUAUUGAGUUAAAAAUUCGAGAAAGUAAAAAUAAAGGUAAUAAUGAAUUUUUCAAUAAAGAGGAAAAUAAAAAUAAAUUAAAUAACUCAUGUGACGAACUUAGCAAUAAUUCUAAUAGAUAUCAUAAAUUUUUCUUUGAAAGUAAUUACAAUUCAGUGGAUUAUAAACACUAUUUAGGAAAUAUUAAAAAUGGAAAAACGUACAGUAAUAGAAUAAUAAAAACCUCUUCAUUAUUUAAUAAAAAUGAUUUUAAAUUAAAUAAAAAAAAUACUAACAUGUUUAAUAGUUCACCACUUGCCAAUAAAUAUUCUAAUUUCGAUGAAAAAAAAAUAAUAGUUAACAGUUUUGCUAAUUAUAUUCCUAAAAAUAAUAGUAUUAAAAGUGUAAACUUAUAUAGAAUAUAUUUAAAAUCAAAAAAUGAUAGCAUAGGCAUAUCUCAUAAAGAAAAUAAUAAAACAAUUCAUGAUGAAAACAGUGAAAAAAAUAUUUAUAUUAACGAAAAUAAAACGAAUCAUAUGAAUAAUAAUAAUAAAAAUAUUUCUAUUUAUGAUAAUGAUAAUAAUAAUAAUUCAAAUAAGCAAAUAAUUAAUAAUUAUAAUGAAAAUCAACUAGAAAAGUUAAUGAAAUUUGAAGAACGUUUAAAUAAAUAUUAUAAAAAAUGUAAUUUUCAUACAAGUAAAGAUAACUUUUUGAAUAAAUAUGAUUUGCUUAAUCAAAAGAAAAAUGGAAAUUUCAAUAUAAAUUAUCAUGAAGGUAACAAAUUAAAAAUAAAUAAUAAUGAUAUAUUUUCGAAUAAUUUUUCAUAUAUGAGAACGUCUUUUAGUUUAAUUAAUUACUUUAACAUAAGUAAUUUCGAUCAUACAUUUAAAAAUGGAAGCAUUGAUACAUUUAUUGAAGAAAGAGAUAUAAAAGAAGAAAUUUAUAACAAGAAAUCAAAUAAUUUAAAUUUGGAUUUUGAAAAUUAUAAUCAAAGAAAUGUAUCAUAUUGCAAUAAAAAAAUAAAAAGGGAUAGUGAUUUAAAUUUAAAAGAUAUAAAAAUAUUUGAUUAUUUAUCUGUUAAUAAUAUAAAUAAUAAAAAAGAUAAUUUAGAAAGUGAUUUAUUACAUAGUCAACUAAUACAAACUAAAAAAGAUAAUGAUACAAAAGCUACUAGUUAUGAGGAAAAAAUAAAUAAUAAUAAUAAUAACGAUGCUACUAAUUAUCAUGAAUGUUCUAAUAAAUUAGAUAAAAUUGUUGAAACAAAAACAACAAAUUUUAAAAAUAGUGAACAUGAUGAAGAGAAAAAGGAAAAUACUAAUUCUAUUUCUUCUACAUUAUAUGCAUUUUCUUUUCUAAAUAAAAACAUAAAUGAAUCAAAAAUAAAUAAAAUUUUACCAGAAAUUUUCAAAGCAAAAGAAGAUAUAAAAAAAACAGAACUUAUAUUUCUAAAAGAUACAAAUGUAACAAGAUCUUAUAAGAAAAGUAAUUCUCUUUUAUGCAUGAAUUUUUUAGAUAAUGAUUCAUAUCAUAUAAAUAGGAAGCAUACUUCUAAUGAUAAACAGUUAUGCAAUAAUUUUAACGGUAAUCACAACAAAAAUAUCACAAAUGAUAAUCAUGUUAAAAACAAUAUUGCUGAUGAUUUAGAAAUUACUACUUUGAAGGAAAAAAUUAAAAAAUAUAAAAAUUCUCCAAUAAGAAAUUUUGAAUCAUCAAUUAAAAAGAAAGAAUUUACAAAUAAUGUUCAUCAAAAUAAUAUUAUAUAUAAUGAAUUAAAAAAUGACAAAAUUAAUAUGGAAAGUAGUAUAAACAAUAAUAAAAUAUAUCAUGAUGAAAAGAAAUUCCCUUCUAAAAAAAAUAAGGAAUCAUAUAUAUCUACUAACAUUGAUGUCUUAAAAAAAAAUUGUAAAAAUAAUGAUCAAGAAAAAUCAAUGGAAAAUAAAAAUAUUAAAAUUUUUCAAAAUGAGAACCUUUGUAAUAAUGAACUAAAUAAUUUUUCACAAGGAAAAAAAAGUUCAGUAAAUGAAAAAAUAAAUAAGAGCUCGUAUAUUAGAAUAAUGAAUAAUAAUAUAAAUAAUGAUAAUACUACGACACCUGAUUUAUCAUUAAUAGAUAAAGGAAAUAUAAUUUUAAAAGAUCAAUAUAAUUUAUGUAGCAGUAAUAAUAUAUAUUUUAAAUAUCAAAACGUUAGUUCAACUGAAGAAAAUAAUAUAAAAAGAAAAUGUUAUAUUAAUAAUGAUAAUAAUUCACAAAAAUGUACACAUCUAGUUGAAAAACAUGAGAUAAUUGAUUCUAAUGAAAACAGCGAAAAUUAUUAUUAUAUAUUGAACACAAAUUAUGAAAAUAAAAUAGAUGAUAACAAUAAAAUAAAUAAAAAACAAGUGAGCGUUAAAGUUAUGAAUGAAAAUAAAAAAAGUCAAAUAAUAGAGUGUGUAAACAAAAGAAAUUCAUUAGACGAAUUGAGAUUUGAUAGAGAAUUUGAAAAGUUAAAUGAAAACAAGAUGACAAAAUUAAAAGAGAAAAUAAUUGAUAAUAAAAAGGAAUUUCUAAUAUCAAAUAAUUUUAAUAAUAUGAAAAAUAAUUAUGUUUAUGUAAAUAAUAAAAAUAAGGAUAAUAUCCCAAAAAAUAGUAAUUAUAAUAUUAAAAGUGUUAAAAAUGAAUUAGAUAAAAGUAAAAAUAUUGAUUCAUUAAGUACAUGUAGUAACGAAAAUAUGAAGAAAAAUGUUACUUCGAAUAUUUUUUUAAUGAAAAGAAAGAGUACAGCAGGAGAAAAAUUAAGUAUUAAUGAAUAUAACCAAAAAAAAUUUAAAUUAUAUUAUGAUAUAGAUGGUCCUGAAAAUUUUGAUUAUCUUAACAAUUUUAUGUUACAUUCCUUUUCUCGUAAUAAUUACCAAUUUUUAACAAACAGCUUUUUACCAAGAAAUGUAUGUAACUUUAGUAGGGGAAAUAUAAAAAGUUUUAUUGAUAAUAAUAAUUAUUGUUCUAAGAAAAAAACAGAAAAUAAUAAAAGUAGUAAAAUCAAAGAUAAUUUACAAGAUUACUUGAAAUUAAACAAAAGUUCAAUUCAAAUUUUUUCAAAAGCAUAUAAAAAUAAUAGUAAACAAAAACAUAAUUUUAAAAAUUCGAACAUACCAAACGAUGAACUAAGCUAUUCACAACCUAAAUUAAGAUGGAUAAAUAUUUUUAGUAGAAAUGCGCAUAAAUGUGAAUUAAACAAUAAAUAUAAUAAAUAA